UAUCAGGUUUUCCAGCCGUCGCCGUGCAGGUUUAUUUCCUUUUUUUCAUUCCAAAGAAAAGAAUAUUUUUCUCCUCCCUUCAUGGAAAGCAUGUCAAUUCCGGCCUCCCCCACCGGCCAUACACUCGGGGGAGUGGCGGGCAAACAUGUUCUUGAAAUGGGCACAAGGGGAAACUGCUAUUUUCAUGAAGUCUGGGUGGCCGUAAUCCUGCAGCUGAACAUGGCUCUGGAUUGGAAAAAAAGAGAGAGCAAGCUAGUUCCUAGUCCUCGUUCCAUUGGCAGCUAAAUUGGCCCCUCUCGUGUCCCUAACAAUACUGUAGAGUGCUGGUGGAUAGAGAGGUUUGACCAGCCUAGCAGGGUUAGUUUUCGUUUUUCCAAACUGAGGGCAUCUUCUCCAGCUGUUUGUUCCUCCAGCAAGCAAAACCUAUCCAGCUGCAGCUCCAUUAUAGCUUUGUGGCAACUUAGAAUUUUAAAAGAUUGUUCUGCCUGCGGGAGCUUUCCUCCCUCCUCCUGCCAGAGGUAAAUUCCUCCACCCUGUGCCAUCGCCUCUUCCCGCUUGAAAGACUCGGAAAACUGGGGGACCCUUUGCCACACUUUUGGAGUUUGGAGGGUGUUCGCUUGCAAGCUCACAUAUUGUAGGAAGCAUCAGGAUGCUGCCAGACUCUUGAAGUAUAUGGAUGCUCUUGGUCUCUCUUUGCAAAGGCUUAUCUGCACUGUUUGCAAAAAAGAAAAAGAAAAAUAUUGUUUUCCUCGGCCGGGAAAGAAGAAUCAAGUUAUGGAAAAGUUGCACUCUUUGCAUUUCCAGAAUAUCCAUAAGAAAAAAAGGGGUGGGGGGCAGAGUGAGAGAGAACAGUCAUGUGAUUAAUUGGGUUCAGGAUUAAAUUCUCCAUAUGGGGGUUGUGGAUGCAUUUCUAACUAGUUUCCCUGCUUCAAAAUAGGGUAAAGUGGCUCCGAUUCAGAAAUCGAUUUGGAGACUGGCCUCCUUAGAAGAAGAAGCAAUCACAGUUUUCUGGGGGUGAAUUAAGUCUUCGUCCCAAAAACCGCAUGACUCAGUCACAUGUUUUUACUUAAUUUUUUUUCUUCUUCCACAUCAUGUUUUUUUCCUUUAAAAAAAACAAAUUCUCGUCUGCCUUAGUCAUGCUAGGAAAAACAGCUCAGGAUCCUAGGUCACCUUGAAAGCCAACAAGUCUUAAAAAGCACUGUGGUUUUUGUGCCUCGUUGCUCUGUAGAGGAGUGCAAAUGUGUAAGUUGGCUUUUCCUGGAGAAACAUUUAACGCGGCUUUCUUGUACGUUGGAAGUGUCCGAGAGUGGUUAAAACUUUUCCAGAUUUCUUUCUGAAAUUGGAGAGGUUUCUAUCCCAGAUCUUGUGGGAGUGAUGAGGCUUAAGAUAGGACAAAACCUGCUGAGAUUUGACUGGAACAAAAUGACCUUUUUUUAUCAGAGUUGCAGAAAUUGCCAGGAGGAAAGAGCUGAAUGAUUUUUUUAAAAAUCCACAAACCAGACUGUCAAUCAGGUCUCCCAUCAUCAGUUGGCAGUUAGAAGCCAAGAACAUGAUCUUAAUAUUCUUGAAUGCCUUCGCUUUAUUCCUUAACAUCUAGACCCAAAAUCCUGACCAAGACAGGUAAGACAACAGCCAAAAAGGCCAGCAAGCCACAUCAUCAUGCCUUCUGUCAAAACGGUGACAAUGACACCUAAAUUAAUAACACAGCGAGGCUUGGCAACUGCCUUGUGGUUUGCAGGUUUAUUUUGAGAUCUUGUUGGCAAACUGAAGCCGGGCCCUUGAAUCGCUUCUGCAUUUUUGUCCUGCACCUGGCAUGUCACGCCGCUAAUUCACGCUUGCCCCCAUCGCGUGAGUUUCUAAAACGGCACAAGGGAACCAACCGCAACCAGCUUUCUUCUCAACUUGGCAAGAAAUGAAGUCGCUUUUGGUCCCAAGGUUGGAUGUCGUCAGGAGUUUGUGAAUCCCCUUCUGUCUUGGUUGGGAAUUUUCUUCCCAGCCUUUUUAUUUUCCAGGAGAAAAAUAUGAGAAAUAACAAGAUUUCUGCAAGCGAAACUGAACAGAACUCUCUUGUCCUUCCGCUUCUCGGCACUUGAGAUGGUUAGAUUAAUCUGGUUUGAAAUCUGGGCAAUGGAGGGGCGGGGGAAUCCCAGCCAUUUCUGGGUUUUCCUAAAUAAAAACCUGCAUUCCAAACGAGAGAAAGUUUCGGUGUUUAUUUAGCGCCCUGAAGGAGGCGAUUGAUUUGAGAUUGGCGCAUGGACUGGAAGGAGAAAGGGUGUUUUCCUGAUCACUUGUAGAUGGAGAAGGAAAAACUGGAUCCUCCCAUGUAAUAAGGAGGAAAUUAAAGGAGGAAAUUAUUGAGAUCAGAUCGGCCUUGAAGCAUCUUCCAGAGCAUGAGAAUGGACGUUCAAAAGCACAGCAAAGCUUCAGGAGAGAAAUGAAAGUAAAUGCCUUCCAAUUUGGGUGAGAAUUGGCUCGCUUUCUCCUUCCUUACUCCAGGCUAACUCAAAAAUUGUUCCUAAAAUCAGGAUUUGUUCACUAGCAGCUGAGCCACAAAAGCUGUGAGUGAGACCCGAUUUCAAAAAAUCCUGCCCCUUUGCCAGACGAUCUUGCAAGCUUGGGAAAAGGAUUUUUUUUUUUUUAAUGCCUUCAUUCUUUUAUUUGUUCGAAUCUUCUUUCCAUGUUUUUUUGUAACGGCCACGGGCUCCCACAACCUGUUUUGUAACGGGGAAGAAGCCUCCGGCCAACUCUCCCAAGGGGAAGGGAGGUUAGCUGGUUCCUCUCUGCACAUCAAAAUCCCCUGGGGUGAUUUUUAGCCAGGGGGAUCAUGUGAGGCAGCUGAGCCCUCCUCCCCCCCAAAAAAAACCCUCUCCCCCCACCACCGCCCCUUCCCGGUUUCUGCACAGGAUGUCUGCCUCACUCAUCGCCUUGCUCACCCGGCCGAUUGGAGCAUAAGUCGCACGAGAUCAGUGGUGCAGAUUUUCCAUUGUCGGCUAGACUCUUCCCCCCCCACCAGCUGUAUCCCCAUAAAAACAAAUCGGGCAACUGAGAUUCUUCCUAUUCCGAGUGGCUGCCCCCAGGGAGAUCCUCUCUUGCACCAGAGCUGGCCUUUGACUCUCAUUUCUGCUGAGGAAGCAAGUGAUUUCUGGGACAGAAUGCGGCCACUCGUCCUUCUGUUAGCCACACUGCUGCCUGUGGCAAACGUGGUAGCCAUGGAGUCUUCUCUGGACACAAUGCUGGAUUCUCAGUGGGAGCUUUGGAAGAAAAUUCACCGGAAAGAUUAUAAUGGCAAGAUGGAAGAAGUUCCCCGAAGGGUCAUCUGGGAGAAGAACCUGAAAUACAUCAACACCCAUAAUUUGGAAUUCUCCCUGGGAAGACACACCUUUGAGCUGGCCAUGAAUCACCUGGGGGACAUGACCAGCGAGGAAGUCGUUCAGAAGAUGAUGGGGCUUAAAGUCCCUCCGUCCCGUACCCAAAAUAACGAGACUCUUUACAUUCCUGACUGGGAGAAAAGAGUCCCAGAUUCUGUUGAUUACCGGAAAAAGGGCUACGUAACCCCAGUCAAAAACCAGGGCCAGUGUGGGUCCUGCUGGGCAUUCAGCUCGGUGGGCGCUCUGGAGGGGCAGCUGAAGAAGAAGACGGGCAAAGUACUUAAUCUGAGCCCCCAAAAUCUCGUGGACUGCGUCACCAGCAACAGCGGCUGCGGUGGGGGCUACAUGACCAACGCCUUUGAGUAUGUGAAGGAGAACCGGGGAAUCGAUUCGGAUGUCUCUUAUCCCUACAUCGGCCAGGAUGAAAAUUGCAUGUAUAACCCCACCGGUAAGGCUGCCAAGUGCCGCGGUUUCAGAGAGAUCCCGGAAGGCAACGAGCGGGCUCUGAAAAGGGCCGUAGCCCGGAUCGGCCCAGUUGCGGUGGGCAUCGAUGCCAGCUUGUCUUCCUUCCAGUUCUACAGCCGAGGGGUGUAUUACGAUGAAAACUGCAAUGCCGGUAACAUCAAUCACGCUGUCCUGGCGGUGGGUUAUGGGACUCAAAAGGGCACCAAGCACUGGAUUGUGAAAAACAGUUGGGGGGAAGACUGGGGUGACAAAGGCUACAUCUUCAUGGCCAGGAAUAUGGACAACGCCUGUGGAAUUGCCAACUUAGCCAGCUUCCCAAAGAUGUGAGCAACGGUGGCCAAAUCCUGGUGGCAGAUCCUGGUCCUUCCUUGGCCGACGGCUGGAUUCCAGAGCCGAUGAGAGGGACACUGAUACAUAAGGGGACCCAUUUGGCUUCAUAAGCAGUGCUGAGAGUGCAUUAAAAAGAUUUAACCUUCCGGGUUUUUUUUUUUUAAAAAAAAUUGUUGCUGCAUUUUUUUUUUUUCCUUUGCAAAGAGCUGGAGAGCUGUCUUCCUCGGAGGCAUAACUUUUCAAAUAGAAAAACCCAAAUGGAAAAACCUUGGUCUGGAAGUGUUUUCUUGGCUUCUGAAGUAAGAACUGCUUAAAAAAAAAAAAA